GUGGGUUAUUCAGCCUAUCGGUUCAGAACGGAGAAGAUGAAUUGCAUCAGUGUCGGCAGCUCGUACCCCCAUAAAGUGGAUUUACUUGCCACAGAAAAGUAAUAGAGGCACCAAGGGCCAACGGACAGAGACAGAAUAGUUCUGUAGUUGUUUUUGUUGACACUGGUUGAUAUUAUUCAAGAAGGAGAGCUGGACGAGAAAGGAGAAAUGGAGUGAACGAACGGAUUGUCUACUAUGGGAUCUUACAGGUCGAGAACACAUCACCAACAAUUCAUGCUCCUCUUCAUCAUUUAUCCAAACCUAUGGAGAAUGGCAAAAGCAAUCCAUCCAGACUGUGCCAUCAUUUCCCAGCAUCUGAAGGCUCAGGAGCUCUGCAUCCAGACCAGGAGGAAGGAAGCUCGCAAUCAUACAGGCCACACUGGCUGUGGGACAGAAUGGGAUGAGAUCAGAUGCUGGCUCAGAGCAGAUGUCGGUCAGGUGAUCAACGUUUCCUGUUCUGAGGUUUUCCAGCAUUUAUCCAGCAAUCAGGGCUACAUGUACAGGAACUGUACAGAGCAAGGUUGGACUGAGCUGUUACCUCCUUAUGACGAGGCCUGUGUCUUCAACCAGGACGAUGAGCCAGGAUUGGAGACAAGCUACUUCUCCACGUUCAGGCAGGUGUACACAGUGGGGUAUGCCACCUCUCUCAUCUCCCUCAUCACAGCCAUUGUGGUGUUCAUUGCCUUCAGGAAGUUCCACUGCACCAGGAACUACAUCCACAUAAACCUGUUUACCUCCUUCAUCCUGAGAGCAAGUGCGGUCUUCGUCAAAGACACCGUUUUCUUUGCCGACGAGACACUGGAUCACUGCUUCAUGUCGACAGUGUUGUGCAAGUCCGUGGUGGCCUUCUUCCAGUUCAGCAUCAUGGCUAAUUACUUCUGGCUGUUAGUGGAGGGCAUGUACCUGCAGACACUGUUGGCUCUCACCUUUGUCUCGCAGAGGAAGUACUUUUGGUGGUACAUUCUGAUUGGAUGGGGGCUCCCGUCAACAGUACUGAUAGUGUGGGUUCUGACCCGAUACUUUUUCGAUGACAAUGGUUGCUGGGACGACACUGACAGCGUUGGCAUUUGGUGGAUAAUUAAAGGGCCAAUCACAGCCUCGUUACUUGUCAACAUUGUCAUCUUUAUCAACGUGAUUCGCAUCCUGGUUCAGAAGCUCAAGUCCCCAGCUAUGGGGGGCAGUGACAUGGGCCACUUAAUGAAGCUGGCCAAGUCCACCCUCUUCCUCAUCCCUCUGUUUGGGAUGCACUACACAGUGUUCGCCUUCUUGCCUGAGACCACAGGCCAGGCUGCCAGACUAUACAUCGAGCUGGGCCUGGGAUCAUUUCAGGGUUUUGUUGUGGCUCUGCUUUACUGCUUCAUGAAUGGAGAAGUCCAAACGGAGCUGAGGAGGAGGCUGUGGCGAUGUCACACUCAGGGUCACCUCAAUACUGCCAAGCGCCGUGUCACCGUAACACAGAUCACUGUGUUGGACCGCACCGGCCCUCCAGGACCCCUCCCUCCGGCCAGCGUCUCCUCUGUGUGAAGGCAGACCACAGAUACAGAACAGCCAAGGGGGAGGUGGGGGGGGACCGUGUCUUGGCGUGACGUCGUGUCAAUGUUGCGAAUGAGUCGUGAGAGCGUUCAGCGAUGUCGGAGCUCCGGGCCGCCACCAGGGCUGCUCACGAGGCAGCGUGUGUGUGUGUGUGUGUGUGUGUGGGAGGGAGGGAGGGGGCGUUCAACACUUCCAAUCUAGGCAGCUUAAACAUUUUUGGGGAGCUCCUAAAAAGGAAACGAGAUGCACGGUACUGUGCCAGAGUAUGUGCGUGGGAUCAUUGCACUUCCGCUUUAUGGUGCUGCAUAAUCUAACUGGGUAAAAGAGCCCACGAAGCAGGAACUGGGCUAGACCGGGAGGGACUCUGUGGUCUAUUUCAGGCUUUGGUGCGUGCAUGUGCUUUACAGCACUUACAGGAGGUCUCUGUGUGUUGCUGGUGUUAGACAAUCUCACAGUAGCACACGUUGGCUCCUGUCAGUUGGCAAACAGUUCUCUCUAGUUAGAGGGAUUUUUGCUGCCUUUGAUGAGGGUGCUAGCGAAGGAAGCUGUCUGUGGUGAAUAUUCAUAAGCUUUCAGGGCCUGAAAUAUCGGGAUGUGUGUGUUGGUUUGUUCUCAUCGCUGACAGUUUAGCACUGCUGUAGUGUAAUGAUAAUCACCACUAUCCUCUUGCAGUGUAUUCCCACCAAAAGAGAGAGUGGUGAGAGACCAAGUGGAGUUUAGUAAAUGUUUUUGAGAGAGGGAAACGCUUCCUAAAGGUGUGUAAACCAUGAUGCUUGUUAUAUUCACAGUGCAUUAAAGCAGGAUUUUUAAAGAUGGUUGCAUAGGUAUUGUAUAUCAUUGUAUACUAUUUGUUACAUUCUUCUAAAUCCAACCAAAAUGUUUUCAUUGAUGCAGAGGUUGUUUAUGGUCUGUGCUGCCGGUAUUGUCCGGUAUUGUGACGAUGAAACUGCCUAAAGCAUACAGGAGAUUUUAUGAUUCAUGAAUAUUCAAUGUCACUAUCUGGUGCACUCUGACUGUCAAACAGAAUAAUAAAUGUACGUAAUAUUUAACUGUUAUUUUUUCUUUAUUUUUCUCACAAGAAUUAAGCUUCGAGAGCUUUAACGGGGACUUCAUGUUCCAAUUUUUCCAAUGUUCCAAAAACCCUUUCAGCCCCUUUGUAUAUGAAGCAACAAUACUAACAGGUGAAAUAAAUCAUUUUUGUCGAGUAAAUAUCUCACCACAUGGUUGCAUUUUAUUUUACAGUUAAAUGUACAUACGUUAUAGACAUGACCUGGACAUUAAAAACAUACAUGUUACAGUACUGUAUACAUAUCAUACAUUAGAUCGAAUGUAGUUCUCAGUCACAUGUUCAACACCUAUUUGAGACACUGGAUGAAACUGUAGAAUUAUUUUACAUUUACAUGAUCUAUCUUCAUGAGAAGUCGUCAUUGCACUAUUGCACAUGGAUAUAGGCACACACGAGAUACACACACACACACACACACACAUCCAAAUGCCCACCGUCACACUUUCACUCACUAUAAA